AUGGCGGCCGUGUACAAGACACUCUCUAAGAAACAGGCGAGGAGGCUCGCAAAGGAGCAGGAGGAAGAGGAGGAGGAUAUCGAAAUGGGCGACUUUCUCGGCGGCGCCGACGAUUCAAGCGACAGCGAGGAAGAGGAGGAAGAGUCCGUUGAAUCCGCCAAGAAGCAGCUUGCCGCUGGUCUCAUGCCUAAGACUCGGGUUCUUAUGCUUACUUCCAGAGGAGUGACAUACCGCCAUCGACACCUUCUGGCUGACUUGACGUCUCUGCUUCCUCACACCCACAAAGAAAGCAAGCUCGACACCAAGAAGAAGACUGCUGGAUACAACCUGCUUCUCAACUCCCUCGCCGAUCUCCACUCGUGCAACGUGAUUUUCUUCCUCGAGGCCCGCAAACGCGGUCAAGAUUUGUACCUCUGGCUCUCCCGGCCGCCCAACGGCCCGACGAUCAAGUUCCACGUCAACAACCUGCACACGAUGAGCGAAUUGAAUGCUGGCUUCAGCGGUAACUGCCUGAAGGGCGGUCGUGGUAUUGUGGUUUUCGAUCGCUCGUUCGACGAACAGGGACCCGAGAUGAGCAAGCCCGGCAACGAAUACAGAGGCCUGAUUCGGGAGAUGCUUCGCGGUGUGUUCUGCGUUCCCAAGCGCGGUGUCAAGGGAAUGAAGCCCUUCGUCGAUCGCAUCAUCGGCAUCUUCGGCGUGGACGGAAAGAUCUGGAUCCGCGUCUACGAAGUCAGAGAAUCGGAGCCUGGCGCCAAGAAGACCACGAACGAGGACGGAGAGGAAACCGUCAAGCCGGCCCCGAGGGGCGGUCCGCCGGAGAUUUCUCUGGUUGAGAUCGGACCCCGCUUCGUGUUGACGCCGAUUGUCAUUCUGGAGGGCAGCUUUGGCGGCCCGGUUAUCUACGAGAACAAGGAGUAUGUGAGCCCGAACCAGGUUCGCAGCGAGAUCCGGUUGAGCAAGGCUGCGCGCUACGCUAAGCGCAGAGAUGUUCAGACCGACCGCCUCACGAAACGGUCGGCGUUGGAAAUGGGUCACGGCGAGCGCAAGCCCAGUGCUUUGGACAACAAGCAGAUCUUCGGUUGA